ACAAAGAAAGCGUGAGAGUAAGAGAGCCUUACACAGAGAGUAAUCAGAAUUGCGGCAGAAAACAUCUCUUAUUGCUGAAAACAGGCAACACGGUGGCAGGAGCACAGCCGGAGGAGAUGUGAAGAGGUGAACUGCAGGGCUGCUUCCCUUCUGUAGCAGCUGUGCUGGAGUACUGCUGAUGAGGAACAAAAUGGGAGCUACUGAGCAGUCAUUUGAAGGCUGGCUAUUAAAAAGAAAAAAGCUAGCUAAUUAGAGCUUAAAGGAAGAGGCAACACUUUGUGCAAAAACACCAGAAGGCAGGCCCUCCAAAUCCCAUACACUCCCUAGGUGGUCAGGAAAACAUAGUGGCAGCUGGGUUUCCAUAGAGCACCAGUGACAUUCAAAAGGGCAGAGCCACAGGAGACUCACUUCAGUCUCCCGGUCAUACCUGUGAUAGAAGAGAACUGAAACUGGCCACUGGAUUUCUGGGAAAGGAGGUGGAGUCUGGAUAAGAGCUGUAAGGAGGGCUUUUUAACCAGUUUGAGGCUGAAUGAUAGCAAUCUUCAACUUUUGAAGGUUUAGAGGAGUGGCACCAAAAGGCCUGUUGUUAGCACUGAGUGCUUUGCAGGACAAGUAGCACUCCCUGCUUCCUCAUCUGCCUGAAAAUCAAGCCAUAGAUACUGACCUUCAAUCCAAAUAAGGUAAAGUGUAACCUGUUAGCCAAGAAGGUUAUCACAGAUUCCUGGUGGUUUUUGAUUCUUUCACACGUCUCAGAAUUUAGGAGGAAAAAUGCCAGCUUCUCUAAGAAAACUGCAGCAAAUGGCUGUUUUCAUGGGACUGUUCAGCAGCGGGGGAUGCAUCGUGAUGUAUAAUCUUAUGCAAAAAAGUUUUGCCAGGACCCAGUAUUACCAGCAAGCUUUGGAGCAACUGAACAGCAAUCCUGAUGCCCUGGAAGCCCUGGGUGCCCCCCCUCUUAAGGUUCACAACAUCCGCCUGACAGAUGGGAGCAAUCGUGUGGACACAGAAAGAGCACGGAUAAAGUUACCGGUGUCUGGAACAAAAUCAGCAGGCUACCUGUACAUUAACUCGGAGAUGGACCACUCCCAUCAGUGCUGGUGCCUUCAGGAUGUCACCUUGAAACUGCAGGAUGGUCAGAAUAUUCCCGUUUACCAGUCUCCGGUGGAAAGCAUUGGUGUGCAAGAAGGCUAAAAAUCAGGGACAGCUGCAUCUCCGCCUCCCAUUGAGCCCAAGUAGCCAUUAAUCGAUUGCAUCCUGCUGUGUCUGUGAAUGUACACAGUUGUCACAAGUGACAGUUUCACUUAAGCGGGUGCUCUCGAGACAGUUUUCUCUCUAAGAUUGACCUCAUCAUUGUUGGAAUUGUAAUUUCUUUCUUUUGCUGGUUUAUUCAUGUGUUUAACAGAAGACUAAAAUAAAUAUCUUGCAAAAGA